CAAUAGCCUCUUAUAGGGCCUACACAUUCACAUAAUAAUGACAUGGGUGUUGCUCCCUCCACCCCCACAUGCUUCUCCCUCCACCUCCCCAAUUUUAUAUAAUUCCAACUAUGUCCUAACCCAAUUUUAUAUAAUUCCAAUUAUGUCCUAAAGUUAAAUUUUUUUACUUUUUUUAUUUUAAUAUUUUAAUUAAUUUAAAUUUACUUUUUCCUAAACCUACCAACCUUUCAUUUUCAUCUCUCACUUCUCACUUCCCACUUUCGUAACUCUCCCUCACUUCCGUAAGCUCUUCUCACUUCCGUCUCCAACUUCUCCAUUUUUUUCCAUUUCUUUCUCCAUUUGUUUCUCCAUUUAUUCUUUGUUUAUCGUUUUUGUAGAAGAUCGUUUGGUGUGGAGCAACACUGGUGCGGAGGAAACAGCGUGUGCGGAGGAAACGAGCAGAUCUGCGUCCCAGAAAUGGCAAGAACACGUGGUGCAUCUUUUAAUUCUCGAGGUGAGAGUUCUCGAGGAGAGAGUUCUCGAGGAGAGAGUUCGUCGCAGGGCGAAGCUCGGAGAAGACCUACCGUUUCUGCUCGUAGAAGUCGGGCAGCUCCUAUCCAGCAUGACCCCAUAGCUGAGGAGCGAGCCGUUGAGGAACAAACAUAUGAGGCGUAUGAGACUCAUGGAGAGGAGCAUGCAGAUGUUCAUGACAUACAAGAGGAUGUCGCUGGAUUUCCUGGAGGUCCACACGAUCAUUCAUUGCUGACGCACUAUGUUCAGCAUGUAGCUUAUGCUAUUUCCCAAGGCCGGGAUCGAGGGGACACACUGAAGUUGAUCUCCCACGGAAAAAAAGUAAAUAAGUUAGGACCAUGCCACGAGGGAAUUCAAGACAUUGUGUUGAAUUCCAGUUUGAUGCCUCUUACAGGGAUUUGUUAUGAUUACGUUGAUAAGGGGUUACUCCUCGGAUUCAUAGAGAGGUGGCAUUUUGAGACCAGUAGUUUCCAUCUCCCUAUAGGGGAGAUGUCGAUUACUCUUGAUGACGUCUCGACAUUACUUCACCUGCCCGUGAUGGGACAAAUGUGUGAUUUGGAGGAGUUGGAGUUUGAGGAGGCUCGUACAGCCCUUGUGCAACUGCUCGGCGUUGAUGGUGGCACAGCAGGUGCUGAGAUGGAGGACGCACGUGGUCCGAAAGUCAGACUCAGCUGGCUUAGAGAGAUAUAUGUUCAGAGGUGUGAGUCGCAGCAUUGGGACUAUGCUGCUAGAGCAUAUUUGUUGCAUCUAGUAGGAUGUACGAUUUUUGCAAAUAAGAGUGCCAGUUCUAUACGCGUGUCUUACUUAUUGUUAUUUAGAGACGUACACGCGUGUGGCAGAUAUGCCUGGGGUGUUGCUGCACUCGCCUAUUUGUACGAGCAGCUCGGGGAUGCGAGUCUCGCGUCCACGAAGCAGAUGGCUGGAUAUUUGACUCUAUUUCAGAGUUGGAUAUACGAACAUUUCCCUGGCUUGGGGAGGAGGCGGUUGGUGACUUCUUACGAUGAUACCACACCACGUGCCAUGAGGUGGCAGAGCCCUAGACAGAGUUCCACUCUCACAGAGAUUCGGUCACAGUUGGAUGCGCUGACAUACAGUGGAGUUGUAUGGCAUCCAUAUGAGGGGCAUCGAGGCAUUCGGCCAUUCUUCGGCAUCUGUAUGUAUUCUGGAUGGAUUCGGAUUGGUGACACCCUUUGGCGUCAUUUGCCUGAGCGUGUGCUGAGGCAAUUUGGGUUUCAGCAAGACAUUCCACGAUCACCGACUACGGUUCCAGAUGCAGAUGUAGUGGCCAUUGAUCAUAUGUGGUUGCACUUCAGAGCUCACGUUGUGAGUAAUGUCAGACAUGCAGCAUCUCCUUCUGACUGUGUUGAUGGGUACAUUCAGUGGUUCAGAAGGGUUUCGCAUCCUUAUAUUAUUGUUACUGCAGAUGACGCGCGACCGGCUCUUGCACCUAGACAACGCCCCGAUGUUCCACGGGAGGCACGACCCCAUCGUAGAUCGUCUCCACCUUCACCAUCUGGCGCCCUGCCUAGAUUUAGGCGAAUGGCGAGAAUGUUACAGUCCUUGAUAUCAUGUCGUCAUGUCACCGAGGGUACUGUUGCACAUCAGGUGUCAGUGGACCUGCUUCAGAUUGCUAAUGAAGGCAUCGACGAAUAUUCCACGCCUAGGAGAGAGCAGAGGCAUGUGCGUGGUAGACGGUCGACGUCUAAUUGAUAGGACUUUAUAUUUCCUUUAUCUGAUUAUGUAUUACAGGACUUUAAAUUAUCUUUGUAUUUGUAAUAGACAUUUAUAAUUUCUUAUA